AUGGCAAUAACGAGGUCUGGAUUAUUCACUCUGGAGACGUCAAAUCCGCGAUUUUUCACUUGCUGUGCCAGGCUUCAUGUGAAGGUCGCCCUUGCAAUUAUUAUCUUCUUCCUGGGAUUCAUAGAGCUUACUGAAUGGUAUUUCUACAUUUUUGUUGGACAUGCAGGAGAGGAUGCAGAUGCUGGACAAGCUAUUCUUUCAAUCUGGCAACUAGUCUCAAUUAUUUGCAUGAUAAUUUCAUUUUUGACUGAAAAAGAGGAUUUAUUGAUUCCGUUCAUUCUGUUCAUGAUUUUUGUUGUGACCAGUUUCAUGUUUUGGGUUAUGCAAAUUUUGGUGAUUGUCGUUUUCCCGUAUUCGGAAAGAGCAUCUCACCUACUGGGUUUCAGAGAUGAUGUCGACUUUGUCACACCUCUUACUGUGCUCGCCGUUUUCACUACGGUCACUACAUUAACAGGAUGGUUCUUACAUGUCGGUCUGGUCAGUUACGUGUAUUUCCAAAGCAGAAAUCGAGAGCUAAAAGUGAAAGCAUCUGCUCGAGACGCGAGACCACCGAUGGUAGCUCCUAUGGUCGCCGCCGGACAGACACAACAACAAAAGCCUGCUGCUGAUAACUUCCCAAAUCCGAAUUUCUCAAUUUCCGACGACGAGGAUAUAGAAGAUGAUGAGGAUAGAGUGUUCGAGCAAAAGUCUGGCCCAAGUAUGGUCUAA